AUGGCGGAGGCGCUUGGCGAACGGCAAAAGAAAUGCCGGUUCCCCUGGUCGAAAAGCCCGGAAAGGAACAGGAUUUUGGACGGCCAGUUGGAGAAAUGGCGAAAAGGCGGGCAACCGUUGCUCGAGAGUCAAAGCCACGCAUUACUUUACAGGCAGCGACUUUACACUGCGCGGUUCGGUUUUUUCCGCAGUGGCCUCCUUUCGGCGGGCGGCACGCGUCCAAAAUCACCACCCGUCUAUUCGAUCAUCACUCUCGCCCUUUUGCGUUCCAGCAAAGCGAUCGCUUUUUGCACGCAAAGCGCUGGCAGUCGUCGCUCACAGCACAGCAAAGCACAGCACAGCACAGCAGGCCAGGCCAGGCCAGGCCAGGCCAUUUCCACGUUGCACUACGAGUGA